AUGGCAUUUGCUGCACGACUCGCGCCCCUGACCGAGGAGCUUGUCCAGGCCCUGACGCAGUUGUCGCCACAGGCAGAUUCCAAACGCUUCAGCGCGACCCGGGACACCGCCCUCCGCGCCCUCAAGUCCCAUUCAUAUCUCCGCACGAACCAAUUCGACGUCGAGCGCAACUUGGACGGCUUGGAGGAGCGCUUUCGCGUCAACCACCGCGAUGGCCUGGCCGAUGCUCUGCGACAACGACGAGAGGCCCUGAGCCAGCACCCCUCGGAUUGGCAUCCAGAGAUUCUGUCCUUGCUCCUGGAGCUCUCCGACCAGCCCACCUUCAAAACGAGGCUGAGUGACGUUGAAGCGCUCGGGCAAGAUGUCCAAGACGCGAGCGUGCGACUGCGGUGGGAGGACCUCGCGAAGGAGGAUGGGUGGGACCAAGACGCGGACCUGUGGAAGACGAUAAACUACAGUGACGAUUCGGACGACGAGGAGUACGAAGAAGAAUCGUCAGAAGAGUCCGACGCGACAACCAUCCCGAACAGUAGCGAGCCGGUUGGAAGACUGGCGCAGGACUUCAUCAUCCACCCCGAGGACAAGGCGGCGCUAGAGGCGGUCCAACGGGCGCAGGCAUGGAGGACGACGACAUCGCCCGACCCCGUCGGACAGUCACGUAAAGUCGCAACAUCCGAGUCUCAGGUAGUGCGGGAGGUGCUGUUUAUGCUCCAAGGCCUGGACAGCACGCUCUUCGACCGCAAGGGCUCCGCCGUCACAGCCUUUCAGCUGACGAACCUGGCAUGGGAGACGCACAGGGCGUUGAUGAACACAUUCUCGACAUAUGGCAGACAGCUCCGCAUCUUGCGCGCGUUUGCCAGCCGACCAGAGAGAGUGCCUCACCUGCAGGCGCUGCAAGACUGCAUCUCCAGACGUCUUCAAGUCCUCGACGGCAAAUUGUCCGAGAUUCAAGUGCGCCUCGCUUCGCCUACGGAUGAGGUCAUAAUCAGCCUGAUCGCAAUUCGAAGCGAGCUUUUGCCAUGGCUAGAGCCUCUCUUUGUCCUUUCCAACAUCAUCGCCCAAGUCCAGGACGGGUCUCGGGCGGAGACAUUUCGCUACCUCGAGCUCAUGUUUGACGAAGCGGGAAUAGCGCAGCUCACGGGCAAGCUCGACACAUACCGGUUCCUCGCCGAAGUCUUUGUCGAAUGCUUCAACGUCUACCUGAGGCCGAUACGUCAAUGGAUGGACCAGGGCACGUUGCUUCCCGGUAACGAAGUCUUCUUCAUCACGGAGCCUGCCAGCGACGUGUCAAUGUGCGACACCUGGCAGGACCGAUUCGAACUGCGCAAGUUAACAGACGGAUCGCUGCAUGCACCAAAGUUCCUCAAACCAGCCGUGAGUAGGAUAUACAAUGCUGGAAAGAAUAUUGUCGUUCUGCGACUGCUUGGAAAGCAGAGCGCAGUACUGUCUCCGCAGACGGAGGCCGAGCCACCGCUUGACUACAGCGCCAUCUGCCCCCCAGGAUUCGAGCUGGCCCCCUUUGCAGACAUGUUUGGCGCAGCGUUUAACCGAUGGAUCCAGAGCAAGUAUCGCAAGACAUCGACGACGCUGAAGAACGCCUUGUUCAACGACUGGGGCCUGGGCUCGUCGCUCGACGCGCUGCAAGCCUUGUUUCUCAUGUCGGACGGUGCAGCGGCCGGAUCGUUUUGCGAGAAUCUCUUUGGGAGGAUGGAUGCGGCGACGGCUUGGCACGAUCGAUACGGCCUCACUGCUGCCGGCAGCGAGGCGUUUGCUUCGCUCGUGGACAUCAACCGGCUGACCAUCAGCGUUGACGCCGCCGGGAGACAAAUCUCCGUCAAGCAGGCCACACAGUCCGUCAAGCAUUCAUUACCGCACGUCCAGAUAGGCUACAAACUGCCUUGGCCAGUGCAAAUGAUUGUCACCCGCGACAGUAUCGGCCACUACCAAGCCGUCUUUACAUUUCUAUUACAGAUCAAGCGGGCGCUGCAUGUUCUCCACGCGCCAAAGAUCCUGGACAACCUCCAGACAGACGGGCAAAGAUGGGACGAGCGUGCCCUAUUCUAUUCCUCACGGAACAAGCUCCUGUGGUUUUGCACCACGCUGCAGACGUACCUGGCGACGCUUGUGCUGGAGCCGGUGUGGCGGAAGAUGAGGCUUGACUUGCAGGCCGCGGAUGAUAUGGAUGGCAUGAUUGCUGUGCACGCCGGGGCGAUGAAGCAGGUGGUUGACGAAGCGUGUCUGGGAAGCAGGCUGGCUCCCAUUCAUGCGGCCGUGCUCGACGUGUUGGACCUGGCCUUGAUGCUUGAGGAUGGGCGACGCAGUCAACAGGCCGGUGCGGCGUCGGUGUCUUCGCAGCCUGGUGGUGAGGUGGCACACCGAGCCGCGCUGCAAAAGAUCUCAGCCGAGUUCGAUAGAAGCCUCCGGUUCAUCACCGGCGGGCUGCGGAGCGUCGCCCGCGCAAGCAGCACCGCGCAGUCGGCCAAGUGGGAUACCUUGGCGGACAUGCUCCAUACCGGAGAGUUGGCAGACGGACGGGCGUGA